AUGAUCUAUCUGAUGAUAUUUUUAACCUGUUUACCAAUAUUGGCUCUCUACCUCCUGAUACCAGAGAGAUCACCUAUACAUGGUGUUUACAGACAGAAAGGACGGUGGUAUUAUCUGAAAUACUGGAUAUUUAGAAUGAUUUUCUGGUUACGAUCUUACCAGAAUAAGAGAUUAACAAAGAGCACCAAGAAUAAUAAUGCUGGGUAUGGGUUAAGAUCAAGGGUAUCACCAGGGGAAAUGGACAAAGUUCAGACCUUGAAUCAUGACCAUCCACUGGCUGUUGAUGCUGUAUAUUUUAAUGGUGGAAGUAAAGAUGGUGUUUAUAUGGUUUUAGCUACAGCAAGAAGACACAACAAUUUAACACAGACUAUUCUUAUACUAAGGCUACCAGGAAUUGGGUUAUUAGAAAUGCCAACACAGCCAGACACUAACCUAGUAGGAAAGUCAAAACAUUUUUCAGCAGGUGGGCUAACACUGAAACCUGUUGAACCAAUGAAGAAAUGGAAAUUAUCAUUUAAUGGUCAACUAAGGUAUGUGGGCUCGGUGGAAGAAACUAACAAAUAUUUAACAGUUUCAUUUGAAUUAGAGUGGAAUUGUUUAACACCAUACUUUGAUUUUGAUACUGAUCUGAACCCGAAUGUUAUGUCUGAUGCUAUAGCAAGAGAAAAGUGGUCUCGGGAGUAUUUUAACACUCUUCAAAAAGCACACCAAACACAUUAUGAGCAAUUUGGUGAAAUAAAAGGUAAUAUUGGUAUAGAGGGAUACCAUACUUAUCAUAUUGAGAUUCAGGGUGUUCGAGAUCAUUCUUAUGGUAAUAUUCGUGAUUGGAAACACAUUCAUAGAUAUGGUAUACAGUAUAUGUAUUUUGUUGAUGGAACAUCAGCGUGUAUUGGGGUAAUUUGUAUGCCAUCAACUAUGUCGAGGUUAGUUAUAGGUUACGUGUUUAAACCUAAUGGUAGCAUGGAAACCGUAUCUAGUACUGAUUUUGAACUGUAUAAUUUUGGUGAUGAUGGUAAUCCCCCGGUGCAGCUGAGCUUCAAUUUUACCACAGGUACCACGGAAUAUAAACUAGAUAUAGAGGUAAUAGAAUGUCCUGUAUUUUACAUGGGUGAAAAUUGGGAUGCUAAAAUAUAUGAACGAUUUUGUAAAUUUCAAUUAAAUGGUGUAGUUGGAUGGGGUAUCAGUGAAUGGGAUUAUAGGUAA